CUGCGCGACACGAACGGGGCGGUGCACAGGUGGGCGGGUCCUAGCGGCGCGGCCUGACGGCGGCGGGAGUGCGCGAUCGUUUCCUCGGCGGUGGCCCACGCGGCUCGCACGCUCAGCGGGGCAACAUGGCGGACGCAGAAGUACUUAUUUUGCCGAAGAAACAUAAGAAGAAAAAGGAGCGGAAGUCCUUAGCAGAAGAAGAUGUAGCAGAAAUACAACACGCUGAAGAAUUUCUCAUCAAACCUGAAUCCAAAGUGGCUCAGUUGGACACAUCCCAGUGGCCCCUGUUGCUAAAGAAUUUUGAUAAGCUAAAUGUAAGGACAACACAUUAUACACCUCUCCCUUGUGGUUCAAAUCCUCUGAAGAGGGAGAUUGGGGACUAUAUCAGGACAGGUUUCAUUAAUCUUGACAAGCCCUCCAACCCCUCUUCACAUGAGGUGGUAGCCUGGAUCCGGCGAAUACUUCGGGUGGAGAAGACGGGACACAGUGGCACCCUGGACCCCAAGGUGACUGGUUGUUUAAUAGUGUGCAUUGAACGAGCCACCCGCUUGGUGAAAUCCCAGCAGAGUGCAGGCAAAGAGUAUGUGGGAAUUGUCCGGCUGCACAAUGCUAUCGAAGGGGGGACUCAGCUUUCUAGGGCCCUAGAAACCCUGACAGGUGCCUUAUUCCAGCGGCCCCCACUCAUCGCUGCAGUAAAGAGGCAACUCCGAGUGCGGACCAUCUACGAGAGCAGAAUGAUCGAGUAUGAUCCUGAAAGGAGGUUAGGAAUCUUCUGGGUGAGUUGUGAGGCCGGCACUUACAUUCGGACGCUGUGUGUACACCUCGGUUUGUUAUUGGGAGUUGGCGGUCAGAUGCAGGAACUCCGGAGGGUUCGUUCUGGAGUCAUGAGUGAAAAGGACCACAUGGUGACGAUGCAUGAUGUGCUUGAUGCCCAGUGGCUGUACGACAACCACAAGGAUGAGAGUUACCUGCGGCGCGUUGUUUACCCUCUGGAAAAGCUGUUGACGUCUCAUAAACGGCUGGUCAUGAAAGACAGUGCAGUGAAUGCAAUCUGCUAUGGGGCCAAGAUCAUGCUCCCGGGUGUCCUGCGAUACGAGGAUGGCAUUGAGGUCAAUCAGGAGAUCGUGGUCAUCACCACCAAAGGGGAAGCCAUCUGCAUGGCUAUUGCAUUAAUGACCACAGCAGUGAUCUCCACCUGCGAUCAUGGUAUUGUAGCCAAGAUCAAGAGAGUGAUCAUGGAGAGAGACACUUACCCUCGGAAGUGGGGUUUAGGUCCAAAAGCAAGUCAGAAGAAGCUGAUGAUCAAGCAGGGCCUUCUGGACAAGCAUGGCAAGCCCACGGAGAGCACGCCUGCCACCUGGAUGCAGGAGUACGUGGACUACAGCGAUUCUGCCAAGAAAGAUGAUUCUGCCAAGAAAGACGUGGUGGCCAAAGCAGUCAAAGCCCCACAGGUAGCUGCCGAAGCAGUGAAAACCCCGAAGCGGAAGCGAGAGAGUGAAAGUGACGAAAGCUCUCCGGUGGCUCCACAGUUGGUCAAGAAGGAGAAGAAGAAGAAGAAAGACAAGAAGGCCAAAGCUGCCCCAGAGAGUGCGGACGAGCCGGGAGAUGGGGACAGUGAAACCACCAAAAAGAAGAAGAAGAAGAAGAAAAUAAAAGUGGAAAUCGUUUCCAAGUAGUAGAGGCCGCUUGAAGCACUGUGUCCACGUGGGAGGAGGAAUUAAAGCCUUAUUGAGGAAACAUAGCUCUGUUUGUCCUUGAGGGAGUGGACCUGAGGUCCCAGAAAUGGUGGAGAGUCCGUCACGCUGGAGCAGCUGCUGAGAGCUUGGUGGCGUCCCCUGGCGUGGUCAUCCCAUCUUGUCCUGCUUUAAGGACGCUGGUGAAGGGGGCGCGUCUCUGCCCAGCAGAGUUGGAGUGUCUGCCCAGUGAGCGUCCGCAGCUGUUUCCUGGGGGCUGUUUUAACAUCACGGGCCUCUCCUAGUGUGCUUCUCCCCGUUCCCUUGUCUACAAUGUUGGUAAAAGUCUGCUCAGCAGAAUGGUCUAGAGCAAGUAAAAAAAUGUAACUGAACCAUGUUAUGAAUUGAGGAGAUAAUCUUUUCUCCAGCGUCCUGUGAGGACAGUGGUCUCUUCUAGUGUCAGAGUCCCAUCACCCUGUAUUUCCCUUCAGAUGGAGGCCUGGCCAGCGGCUCUGGUGUUCCAUCUUUUGAGCUGUUUCUAGGCCCUCUCCGGCCUAACAGUCUCCUGUGCACUUCCUCACAGCUUGUGGGUAUAGACACCACUUCAGGCACCUAAAUCCACCUGACUGUGUGAGAGAAGCCAAAAAAACCAUUCCUCCAUUCUUUGCUUUAACCCUCAGUUACUUUCAUUGCUGGGAGAAGGUUGUACUUUUUACUUAUUAAAGAUUACUUAUGAAGUUUUUAAAGUAUUCC